UCAGAAUAGAAUCAACGGAUUCGAAAGAAGGCGGCCAUUUUUGAUUUCAUUUCGAGCGCCCCGGAUUCUAAACCCUGAGAAAAGGAAAACAUUUCUGAAGAUAUCAGCACAUUUGAAGAUUGAGACAAUAGCUUCUGGGCUUUACAAAGAACAUCAUGAGCUUUGAGUUUGCAGUGCCGCUAGCGCGGAAGGACCUUCUGAAACGCACCUCAGACACACAGUAUGUAGUGGAGGAGGUUCUGACUGUCAGGCAGAUCAACACACAGAUUCAUGGUUUGAAGGCUGCCUUCAGAUCAGGACCUGCUGCCAUCUUGGACAACUUUGACCUGAUCUACAGUGUUCUUAGCCAGCUAAAUGAAGUUGAGACUGAAGUCAAGGAGGAGGUCUGGACCUUACUGGUCAAGGCCGUGUCACAGCAUGCAGGCGAGCUGCCAGCCCUGCUGGAUACUGCAGACUUUGACUGCAGCACACGUCUGCAGCACCUCAACACCCUGAAGAUGACAACAUACCUCCUCACACAGUUCAUGGAAGCCUUCGAGGCAGAGGACACCAAGCCUACAACUGUUACUGUCACAAAGGGCCGUAAGUCUAAGAGGAAGACUACAACAAAGGGGGACUGGGACUGGGAAGGAGAGCGACUGAGGGCGGUUCAGUCUCUGUCCCAGGUUACCCAGCUGGAGAUAGGCAGACUGUGGGAACCACCUGUAGUGGAGGAGGAGUUUGUCAAUAUGUUAGCUAACACCUGCUACAAGUUACUGGAGAACCCCAGCACCUGUAAGGAGAAGUGCACCAAGGAUGCCGUCUUCCACCUGCUGGGGACACUGGUCAGGCGAUACAACCACGGGCUGGGUGCUAGCCUGAAGAUCAUCCAGCUGCUGCAGCACUUUGAGCACCUGGCCAGCCCCAUGGCUCAAAUGGUGGAACUCUUUGCUCUGCAGUUUAGCACCAAGUCUGUCAUCAGUGACAUCAUGAGAGAGAUUGGUCGUAUGGACCCCGCUAAGCUGGUACGUGACAACAGCGGGACACGGUCGUACGCUGCGUUCAUGGUGGAGCUGGCGGAGAGAGUUCCCGCGCUCAUGCUGCCUAACAUCAGCGUCAUCCUCUGUCAUCUGGACGCAGAGUCCUACACCAUGAGAAAUGGUGUUCUUGGUGUCAUGUCUGAGAUCGUCAUUAAGGAACUCAGCAAAGGGGACCUGGAUGACAAGUCUAAGAAAGCACGGGACCAGUUCUUGGACUGCUUAGAGGAUCACAUCCAUGAUGUCAAUGCCUUUGUUCGCAGCAAGGUUCUGACCCUCUGGCUCCACAUCUGCAAUGAAAAGGCCAUCCCUCUAGGCCGGUGGCACCAGCUGCUGUGUCUGGUGGUGGGGCGGCUCCAGGACAAGUCCAGUCUGGUCAGGAAGGUUGCCAUCCAGCUGCUCACUACCUUCCUCACAUCCAACCCUUUUGGAGCAAAGCUCCCCCUUGACGUGCUGAAGGCAGAACUAGAGAAGGAGUCGGCUAAGUUAGCAGAGAUCAUGCCUGAACAGCCUCUGGACCAGCCACAGGAUGGGCGUCCAGUUGAGGAGGAGUGGUCAGCCAUCCGGCCGGAGGUGAUGACCGCUCUACAGGACCUACAGCAGGAGGAGGAGGAGGAGGAGGAAGAAGAAGAGCUGAUUGGGGAGGAGGAUGGGCUUGAGAGUGUUGUACUGAGAGUGAAGACCCUCCUGCAGCAGUCCCAGCACAAGUCAGCAGCCAGGCUGGUGAUGGCAGCUCGAGACAGCUGGCCUGACGAGCACAUCUUCCUACCUGCUCACACCGGCAGCAAGGAGGAGGAGGAGGAGGAGCAGGAUGAGGAUGAACUUCAACCUGACCAGAGGAAUCUGUUGGAGAUCCUGGAAGCCAUCUUUGUUGGGACCACAGUUGAGACCCCCCUUCCCAACCCUGAGGAGGUUCUGCCUGAGUCUCUCCCAGAGGGGGGUACAGAGGAGGGGGCAUCAGAAGUGACAGAGACAGAGGGGGGUGCAGAAGGUGGUGUUGUUAAUGAAGUCAGCAAGCAACAGGUCAUCGUGCAGUACCUGAAGGAUUCGGUUAACUUUGCGACAGAGAUGCAGCGCGCUAUCCCCAUCCUGUGCCAGCUGCUGGGGUCAAAGGCCACCUCGGAUGUCCUGGAGACCAUCGAGUUCUUCGUGAGCGCGUUUGAGUUCGGGCUGGCGGGGGCGAUGGAGGGCGUGCGGCGCAUGCUGGUGCUGAUCUGGUCUGGGGAGAAGUCUGUGAAGGAAGCUGUAGUGGAGGCAUACAAGAGGCUGUAUCUCACUCCUACUGGGGGCAAUCCCAGAGCCAGAAACCUGGCCAUUGUGAAGAAUUUGGCAGCUCUGACGGUCAGUGCUACUGUAGGGGAACUCACUUCACUGGAGGAGCUGAUCUGUGAGUUGGUGCGCAGCUCCCUCCUGUCCUCCGGUGUGGUGACCUUACUGUGGGAAAGGUUUGCGCUGAAGAUCCAGGGCACUACCGCUGAGGACAGCCGGGGGGCGCUCAUACUGCUGGGCAUGGCUGCCGGUGCUGAGCCAGACAUUGUGAGGAGUAAUGUAGACGUGCUGGUACAGGAAGGACUGGGACAGCGUGGACAGCACGACCUUCUGCUGGCCAAGGACACCUGCACAGCACUGCUCAAACUCGCCGGCAGUCAGAAGCGUAAGGCAGGGUGCCACGAGGAGCCACUCCGCUUCCCCGCCGACCACGACAUGUUCACUGGACUGGCCGAAAUCCUGGUCAAAGGAGUUGAGAACGUGUCAAACCCGUACUGGAUCCCCCUGAUGGAGCAGGGACUGAACGUGGUGUACCGUCUGUCAGAGAACCCCGACGUCGUCAUCGGUAACGUCAUCAAGGCCGUCACAACUGUCGUGCUGCAGGCCAGGGACGCUGAAUCAGCUCAGGAACAGGCUCAGGAACCUGAAUCAGCAGAAACAACAGAAGAAGCUCCUGCCAGCCCUGCUAAAGUCAUCACGUGCUCCUCUGGUGUGCUGUCCCGUCUGCUGGCACUGCUGGGACACUGCGCCCUGAGACAGCUGGUCCACCUGGACGUGGCACUGUCGGGCGAGCUGAAGCGACGCAGGAUGAUCCAGGAGGACAGGAACAACAAAGCGGGGAAGAAAGGCACCAGCAGUGUCAACAACACUCCCAGGAACACACCUUCUGGGAAGGGGAAGGAUGAUAAGGAGAUGUCUAUAGAGGAUGAGAUGGGUCUGGCUGGGGCCUCGGCUGACGACGCAGAGGCUGACUACAUCCGCAAGAUCUGUGAGACUGAGGUCGUCACUGGAUCCAGUCUUGUGGCCCUGUUGGCCCCAGUCAUCGUGGCUGUGUGCAGUAACCCCACCAGGUUCCCUCACCCCCAGCUCAGAGCCACCGCCAGUCUGGCUCUCGCCAAGUACAUGCUGGUCAGCUCCGAGUUCUGUGAGGCACAUCUGCAACUGCUCUUCACCAUUCUGGAGAAGUCUCCACAGCCCAUCAUCCGAGCCAACACCAUCAUCGCGCUGGGAGAUCUGAGCUUCCGCUUCCCCAACCUGAUCGAACCCUGGACUCCCAACCUGUAUGCCAGACUGCGUGAUGACUCGUCCCACGUGCGUAAGAACACCCUCAUGGUGCUGACCCACCUCAUCCUCAACGACAUGCUGAAGGUCAAAGGUUACAUCAGCGACAUGGCGGCCUGCAUGGUGGACGAGGUGUCCGGGAUCGCCGACCUCGCUAAACUCUUCUUCCUCGAGCUGUCCAAGAAGGGUAAUGCCAUCUACAACAUCAUGCCUGACAUGGUGAGUCGCCUGUCAGACCCAGGCUGUGGGGUGACUGAGGAACACUUCAGGACCAUCAUGAAGUACCUGUUCUCCUUCAUCCAGAAGGACAAGCAGUCGGAGAGUCUGGUGGAGAAACUGUGUCAUCGCUUCAGGGCCACCAGGACGGAUCGCCAGGCACGUGACCUGGCCUUCUGCCUGUCCAUGCUGUCCCUGAGUGAGAAGGGUAUCAGGAAACUCCAGGAGAACUUUGCCUGCUUCGGAGACAAGCUCGGCAGUGAGGACAUCCACAACUCCUUCUGCACCAUCCUCAAGAAGGCAAAGAGCUUCGCCAAGCCAGAGGUCAAGGCCCUGGUGGAUGAACUGGAACAGCGUAUUGAGCAGUGCCAUAACAAGGGCAUGAGCGAUGAUGAGACACUACAGAAGGCCAGUAAGGCUCGAGGCAAGAAGGGGGGACAGACUCCAGGUAAAGGGCUACAGAAGGGUCGUACGCCCGGGGGAAGGAGGCGUGGCCGGCAGGCGUCACGGAAACAAGACUCCAGCUCCGAGGACGACGGACCAAACCAUUCACCUACACAGGGGGAGGAGCAUCCUGCUAAGAGGGGGAUGAAAGGCAAGAAGAACAGCCAGAAGGCAGAAAAGAAGAACAGAAAGACGGUUUCUUUCUCAAGCGAUGAAGACAGCGAUAUUGAGCUGUUUGAUGUGAAUGAAGGUUCAACAGCAGCUGAUCCAGAUGGUGAGAGUGACCAGGAGAACACAGACCCUCGACCCAACCUCACCCCCAUCCGCCGAGCCAAGGGCAGGAAACACAGUAAAAAACACCUCUCAGCCGCAGAUAACAGCUUCUCAGAGGCUACACCUGUCAAAUAACACUCCAGAUCUUACAGGAUGUCCAGUUUACACCACUACUGCCUGUCCUAUAUCCUUGUAGAAGGCCACUUGAUGUUACUUGUACAUGUGCUACUGUUUAAAUGUUUGUAGUUUUGUAUUCUUGAGUGUUUGAGUCCUGGACUGAGGUCUGUCUUUGUCAGGAAUGUGCCAACUUUUCUAUACAAAUAGUGGAAUCUCUGUGGAAGAGUGUUUUUAUGUUGUCACAUCAUUAAGUAAGCACUGUUACACGAUAUACUUUGAUAACUGGUCAAUAGAUGGAUGAUAUGUCAUGUUUCAUAACAUGAUGAUUUUUAUAUCGGACCUGUUUUAUAAAGAUAUAGAAGUAGGAGGAAAUGAGUAAAGUACUCUGUUUUCUUCAAUUUGUUCCUUAAUCCCUUAAAAGUGGUUAUAGUUUUAGAUUCUGUUGUAUAAAAAUUUUAAUUUUUUUAUGAAUUUAACUGCAUAAUCUCUUCAUAUGUUGUAUCACUUUACACCUUCUUCUUAUGAUUUUAAAGAUGAAUAAACAUUUCCCUCAUACCGCUUUAGAUUUUACAAGAUAACAGUUGUCAUUUUUUUUCAACAAAAAGAACAACUCACCUGCCUUCAUUUAGAUACUGUUGACAGAAAAGAAGAGACUGAGUUAGGUGAAAUAUAUCUUUAUUCAUACAUUCAUAACAUCUUUAUUUUUUUUCUACCAUUCAAAACUUGGGAAGUUUGAUUGAAUGUCAGUCUUAGCAGUCUUAUUGAGCUUUGGGUGUAACUUUAAUCUGGGCACUGACUUCUGAUGAUUUUAGGCAGGAACUGUACUUACACUACACUACACACUGCACUAUCACAGUGAGAAAUACCUGCAUUGGUCCAAUUUAAACAUGGUUGCAAAACCAUUGCAUUGUGCAUUGAAUACCGUGAUCUGAGACAUUUGAUGUGUUUAACUUCUGUACAUUGCACGUCUCAACUGCUCCUAGUUCUAAGACUUGCAAACAAGCAAAAAACACUGAAAGUUGUCAGCAUAGCCCACAAAAGUGUAACGUAAAUUCCCAUGUGUCUUGCAAGCGUGUACUAGUGGGUUGGGUCUCCACGGCCCUUGCAUUUUUAAGGCUCAAAUACCUGCAUGAUAUGUGACUCAUCCUUUGUACACAUUAGUCAUUACUGGUCUUCCUAUACUGUGAAAAUGACAACGUGAUCACAAACUUUAGCUUGCUUUUCUACAAGACAACAAUCGCAAUAGAGGUUGGAAGUUUGCGAUUUCAGACUUGGGUAUAUACAAAAUACCAUUACAA